UCUAUCCACGCGAUGUAUCGUAUCGGAGUCGAUGUUGGGGGAACGAAUACAGAUGCGGCAAUUUUGGAUAUCACUCAGACGAGCUCUCCACUGCGAGGCCUCCUAGCAUCCGCGAAGACCCCGACAUCCCCCAACAUCUCCGAGGGCAUUAAAUGCUCCGUAGAACAAGUGCUUACAGCGUCUGGUGUCGAUCGCCAGGGCGUUUUAAGCGUCGCAAUUGGAACAACCCAUUUUAUCAAUGCUGUUGUUCAAGCCCAGGGACAUCAGCUUGCCAGGGUGGCUGUCAUACGGCUCUGUGGCCCAUUUACCCGCCAGGUACCCCCUUUCGUGGAUUUCCCGGCACGCCUCAAACAAAUCGUGGAAGGCCCUGUAUUCUACCUUGAUGGAGGUAUUGAAAUCGACGGAAGGGAGAUACUUCCCCUAAAUGAGGACGAAAUCAAGGCGACGGUCCGCAAACUCCGCAAAGUGUGUAUUGAUAAGGUUGCACUUGUGGGAGUCUUCUCGGCAAUUGAUAAAGACGGGAUUAACGAGCGUAGGUGCAAAGAAAUCAUGCUCACGGAAAACCCACAGCUUGACAUCGUGUGCUCUGCCGAUAUCGGGGGCCCUGGGCUGCUUGAAAGAGAGAAUGCAACUAUUCUCAACGCAGCCAUAUUGGAUCUUGCGAGGGACGCAUUCAAUGCCUUUUCUGUUGCUAUUGGCGAGCUAGGCCUGGCCUGUGACCUCUUUCUUACUCAGAACGACGGCACUCUCACCGACGUGGGCACGGCUAACCAAUUUCCUAUCCAAACGUUUUCGAGCGGCCCGAUCAAUAGUAUGACUGGCGCUGCUUUCCUUGCGUCAGUCGAGCUCAAAGGCGUGCACCAUGAGAAGCAAGUCCUCGUGGUGGAUGUUGGUGGCACCACCACGGACGUGUGCGCCUUGCUUCCAUCGGGCUUCCCAAGGCCUGCUCCCAGCUUCGUUGAGAUUGGCGGUGUUAGGACGGCCUUUUCAAUGCCAGAGGUGCUUUCAAUCGGCCUUGGUGGUGGUAGUUGUGUUGAGCAUGAUAGCUCUGCCUCUUCAGUCACGGUCGGUCCUACGUCUGUUGGGAAUUUGUUAAGGCAAAAGGCGUUGGUAUUUGGGGGGGAAACAUUGACAGCUACGGAUAUUGUCGUGGCUGCUGGAAAGGCAAAACUCGGCAAUGCAAUAAAUGUCUCGAGGGUACCGCAGGCAGUAAUCAGUCAGGCUCGCGCUGAGAUUAAAAAGAGGCUACAGGCUGCAGUUCAGAGAAUGAAGACGUCUUCCUUGCCAGUUACCCUGCUUCUUGUUGGCGGGGGCUCUUUGAUUUAUAUGGACCAGCUGGAUGGUGUCGAUGAAUGUAUUAUUCCCCCUCAUCAUGAUUCGGCGAACGCCGUCGGUGCCGCUGUGGCAAAAAUUUCCGGAAUUGUCGAUACUAUUGAAAUCCUCGAAGGAAACGACGCAGCGAAGGUCUUAAGGGAUACAGAGAAUAAAGCCAUUGAAGUUGCGUUGAAACGAGGAGCCGCAAAGGAAGACAUAAAAAUUGUUGAGUUGGAGCAAAUCCCUCUUCAGUACAUGACAACCAAAGCGGCCAGGAUUAUUGUUAAAGCAGUUGGUAAAGUGGCUAUCGGUAAAGCUCACUCAUCCCAUAAGAAGUCUAAAGACUUCCAGAAAGAGGCGGGCAAACACAAGAAGACACUGUCUAGUAAGAGCAGCAUAACGCCGGCACCACCUCCUAAGACACCAGCGUCUGUUGAUAUACUGAUAUAUGAGCCCUCUGUACGGGGCGGGGUCUGGUCGCUGACAGCUACUGACCUAGAGCUAAUUUCGAUUGGAACUGGAAUACUUGGUGCCGGAGGAGGCGGACCCAGCUACCUCCAGUAUCUUGACUGUCUCUCCAAACUCGACUCUGAGCACCCAGGCAAGAUGCGUGUCAUAUCUCCAAAAGCAAUUUCAGACUCUGAUGUCUGUGUAUUGGGUGUAUGGUACGGUGCUCCCAGUGUUUCCGGUGAGCGAAUACCGAACGGAUCAGAAAUUCGAAAUGCAGUUGAAUGGUCUGUUAGAGCAUCAGGCUGCGCUAAAUUCGAUGCUAUCAUCGCAGCCGAGAUCGGCGGUGGAAAUGGCAUGUCAGCAUUUCCGACAGGCGUGUUUUACGAUAUUCCGGUCCUUGAUGGCGACCAUAUGGGACGUGCAUUUCCCACCAUCGGGCAUAUUCUACCAUAUAUUUACGGUGCUCCCAUUACACCCUGUGCGAUUUCGGACUGCAGAGACAACGCGGCAUUGAUAACGAGCACUGAGUCCAACGGGAAAGUCGAGAAGCUACUUCGUUCCAUGGCAGUGGAGCUUGGCCUGAUGACAGGCGUCUCCCCAACACCACUGCCCGGCACGCUGGUCAAGAGAUACUGCGUUCCAAACACAAUUUCUCAAGCAUGGUACCUGGGAAGAGCAGUACGACGAGCCCAGCAACUCAAGGUAGAUGUGGUAGAGUCAAUUCUUGAUGUCAACCCGGGUAAGUUGCUUUACACUGGAAAAAUAGUUCAUGUCCAGAGAGAUAUAUCCGGGGGUUAUACCAUGGGUACGGUGACCAUUGCGCCCCUUUCCCCUGAGGAGCAAGAUUUAUCCCAUACAAGCCCAUGUCCAUGGCAACCGCAAGAGCAACGCCAUCUUGUUGUUCCCUUCCAGAACGAGUAUCUUUAUGCUACCUUUGUCGACUCAGGCUGCGAGGAUGUCAUAUGCAGUAUCCCCGACCUUAUCUCCAUUAUCGGACAGGACGGUCAAGCAAUUGGCUCCCCGGAACUUCGUUAUGGUCUAACUGCCCAUGUGAUUGCUAUGGCUGCACAUCCUUUAUGGACAAGCGAGAAAGCAUUGAAAGUGGGUGGCCCUGCGGGGUUUGGGUUGGAUUUCCAAUGGACCAGUAUUGGGACAUAUAAGGAACCUCGGAGUGUUAUUGAAGAGUUUGACGGGAAAAACCCAUCAUGA